AUGACUUUUCGACUCAGGGGGAGCUACAGCGUAUCCGCGGCUGAAACUCCAGCGCAGUUUUCACUCCUCAAACCCAUCACCUGUAAUGUCGUCUUUCUGGAUGAUAAGUCGGAGCUCUUCAAGGUCGAUAAACAUGCCCGAGGACAGUUGCUUUUGGACCUGGUGUUCGAAUUCCUCGAGUUGCUGGAACGUGACUUCUUUGGCCUGCAGUUCAGUGACUAUACAUGUAAUCCAGGACCAAUUGUGGUGCGUGUCGGUGCUGUUUGA